AUGUUUAAGAAAGAUCUCCAAGCCGCGCCGAAGCAAAAGCUCAAGUCGUCCGUGCAGCGCUCGCUGCGCCAGUCGCUGCUGACCACGUACCCGCUCCUGACGCCCUACAUCGACGAGGUGAUGCCCAAGAAGGCGUCUCUGUCCUCCGUCAAGCUGCCCGACCGCAACACGUUGUACGUCGUCGGCGACGCUGCCACGCCCGUCUUCUACCAGCAGGACUCGGGCGACAUCCUGCCGCACCUGCGGCUCCUGCACCGCUUCCCGCGCGCGUUCCCCUCGGUGCGCGUGGACCGCGGCGCCGUGCGCUUCGUGCUCUCCGGCGCGACGCUGAUGGCGCCGGGGCUGACGUCGGCCGGGGGCAGGCUGCCGGCGGAUGGCAGCCCGGCGACGCUGGAGGAGGGCAGGGAGAUGGAGCAGGGCGUGGAUGGGGAGGGGAGGUGGAGCAGGGAGCUGGCGAAGGGCGAGCCGGUGGUGAUCAUGGCAGAGGGAAAGGAGGAGGCGUGCGCGGUGGGACUCCUGGUGGCGGGCACGGCGGAGGUCAAGGAAAAGGGUAAGGGGCCCGUGGUCGAGGAGGCUCACUACCUGGGCGACGGCCUGUGGAACUUGGUCUUGGAUUGA